AUGAAGCCAACAUGGCAGAGAAUACCAAUCGAAGUCAAAGAGGAAAUCAUUCAGUUUCUGGAUUUCAAAUCGAGUUUAUCAGAAGAGUUAUUGGCUGAUUUGGUAAAAACGAAAAAUUGGAAAAACGCGGACCAAAUUUUCUUCUAUGGACGCCAAGAAAUUCCAAUGGAUUCUGUGUUGCAUUUAGACAAAAUUCGGUUUUACACGACGGAUUUUACAACAAUAGACGCUUGGAAUUUGAUAGACUCUUUUAUCACAAGACAAAAUUUAAAGCCAGGUUUCGGAUUUCGUGUGAAUUUCGGAACGGCUUUGUCAGAGGAUGACGUCUUGGAGGGAUUCAAAAAUGGAACAAAAUAUUCAAAUUCAAGUAAAAUUGUCAUUCUUCCAACAAAAUCUGCUGACCUAAUUUUUGUGGUAAAAAUGAGAAGAUCAAUUUUUGGAUAUCAAGAUUUAGAAGGAUACGUUUGCAAUAAGGAUUUCAAACAGGAUGAAUUCAAAAAGUAUUCUUCCUGGGUUCCAGAAAACCAUCUCCAGAUGACUAGACGACUUCAAUCUCAAAUUCUACCUAUCCCCCCAUGGUUUUUAUUUGUUCGCAGUGUAGUACAAGCGUCAGAGCAAUUAUAA